AUGUCCCUCACUGUAUCCGACCUCACCACGGAGCUGAAGAAGAUUAUAGAUAGCAAAAACGAGUCCGCUCUUGUCCAGUUGACUUCGCAGUAUGCGUCGAAGCACCGAGAUAAGGUUGUAAUUAACUACAAGUCCAUCUAUGGGAUGUACCCUGCCGAUGCAAUCAAGAAAGCUCUAAAGUCAGGGCCUGCUGAAACGCUUCUGAUGUAUGCGUGGACAGAUGCACAGGAGGUGCGUGCACGCCUACUCAACCAGGCCCUCAGUGGCAAGAACAACAAGUCUGCACUGAUAGACGUCGUCCUCUUUUGCGGCCCAGAAGACUGGUACGAGAUGGGAGCACACUACACGCGCAUAUUUCAGAAAGUGGCCAACGACACCCUGCUCAGUGAUAUCGGCAGCUCUGAGCCGUGGUCGCAACUCAUCAAGGGGUGGAUCAAACACGACAGAUACGAGCGCAAGGCUAUUAGUGAGGAUGCCGCGGCGCUCAUGGGCUACUUGGAAUCUGGCAACCCCGAUGGCCUGAUCGAUCUCCUGUGCAACACCACAGAGGGAGAGUGGAAAAAGAUAAAUAAGGUGUUCACAGAGAAGUACGGCGUCGAGGUGGAGACCCUUAUUGCGUCCAACUACGUGAAGACAGACAUGGAGGCCCUGCUUACCGCCCACUUCUACCUGCUACAGCCCGGCUAUGCCGCUGCCUACCUAUGCUCCCUCGCCAACUCUGGCAAAAAGGGCGAUAGUGACCGGAUGGUUCGCAUCACCUCUCUUAUGUUCGACAAGGCAUUAAAGUGUAAGUUUGCGUAUGAAAAGUACGGCAAGCUCGGCUCAGACUUUAAGCGCCUCUACGACGCCCGUCUCGGGCGAGCUCUUUGUGCACUUUGGCGUGUUGACACCGAAGGCGCAAACUAA